AUGGCGACAACUGAUACAACCCCAUCGCUGGAGGAAGAGAAACCAAGCCAAAACACGCUCAAACAAAAGGUGCCCUCUGUCCCUGAAAAGGGAAAUGGGGGAGAUUCCAAAAUGCAAAGCAAGGCUGCAACCCUCCCUCAACCCUCUGUCCCCAACAUAUACACCUCAGCUGCCACACGUGGUAAAAAUAUCAAGCACGUAAAAGAAAAGUUGCCCUCCAUCCCUGAAAAAAGCAUUGGGGGAGAUAACAAAAACCAAAGGAAGGCUGUCAAUAGUGGAAAGCAAGCCUACAACCAGACGAUCAUCGGAAAAGAGGCGGCCGCUGGCUCGUACGACAUCGCUACUAGCAACUACACCGACCUACAACCUGUCGAGGCCGUGCCUCGAUACCUUCACGUGGGAGAUCACGUAGUGGUGUAUUCGGGGCAGGAAUCAGGAGAUACUUACGGGUACAAAGAGGCUGAGGAGGUCAGCAAGGGGUUUGAGGGAGACCAUUACUACCGCGACUACGAGAAACCAGAAGAUGUUGACGGGUACGAAGAUCCAGAGGAUGAAGAAAGCUUUGCACACCGGGCUAAAGGGCUUGUCGUUGGAAUAUGGAAUAAAUGGAAAUCCAGCAGAGUGUGCUGGCUUGCACUGGGUUGUGGACUUCUGGUUGUAGCAUUAGCUGUCACCUCUGUCAUCCUGGCAACUCAUGUCACCAACGGUGGGCAGAUGGCGCUUCAGCAAAAUGGCACGAUGGUCCUGCACCCGAUUCAGGGGUCAUUCAGUACGCCAUGGCAGCCGGAGUUCUACCGAGAAAACAACCCGGCAUUCGACUUUGUCAACUUGACCCCAACAUAUCUGCCAUUUACAAACAGCAAUGCGACCGUCCUGGCCUUAUCAACAACCGUCACAUCUCUGUCAACCACGGACCUGAAUGAGUGUGCGAAAACCCCUUGCCGACAUGGAACCUGUCUGAACAAAGAUGGCGGAUACAAAUGCACCUGCUUGCCUGGAUGGACUGGACAGAACUGCCAGAAAGAUAUAGAUGAGUGCAUCAACAACCUUUGCCAAAAUGGACGCUGUCUGAACAAAGAUGGCGGAUACAAAUGUACCUGCUCACCUGGAUGGACUGGACAGAACUGCCAGCAAGAUAUAGAUGAGUGCAACAAGAAACCCUGCCAACAUGGACGCUGUGUGAACAAAGAUGGUGGAUACAAAUGUACCUGCUCACCUGGGUGGACUGGACAGAACUGUCAGCAAGAUAUAGAUGAGUGCAACAAAAACCCCUGCCAACAUGGACGCUGUGUGAACAAAGAUGGUGGAUACAAAUGUACCUGCUCACCUGGAUGGACUGGACAGAACUGCAAGAAAGAUAUAGAUGAGUGCAACAAGAACCCCUGCCAGCAUGGACGCUGUGUGAACCAAGAUGGCGGAUACAAAUGUACCUGCUCACCUGGAUGGACUGGACAGAACUGCCAGCAAGCCCUACGAUGUCAGACUGGAUGGAGCAAGUACAACAACCACUGCUACAAGCUCAUGAAAGACAAAGUCGGUUGGUAUGAAGCGAAAUCACGAUGUGCAAAACACAGGGCAGUUCUGGCCUCCAUCAAAGACGCGAACGAGAACAACUUCAUCGCAGAUCUCAUCGUGAAUGCUCCUAAAGGUGCACUUGGAUUUCCGCUGGUCUGGGUGGGCCUGUAUAGACAAUCUGGACAAUUGAAGUGGACAGAUGGGUCUCGUGUUGGAUACAAGAACUGGAAUCCCGGCGAGCCUGAAAACACCAGCAUGAAAGAGGACUGUGUCAACAUGCAUUCAAAGAACGCCAGGCAUUUCUUUUUUUGGAGGAGGUAUAAAGGGAAGUGGAACGACGCUAAAUGCAACUGGAAAUACCCCUUCGUAUGCGAGAAACCAAUGUAA